CAGGCUCGUUUGAUCCUCGUUGCAAUUGGAAAUAUUGUUAUCCGAAUAUUUCUCCUAGACCUCAUCAUUCGCCACAGCGCGCUGCAACGCUUCCUCGUCGUUGAGCACGACCUAAUCCAUCAUACGUUGUCGUAUAUCUAACUGAUGACGGUCCACCGUCCUCCAGACUCUCGUCUCCUUUCCAACCUCAUAGCACACGAAAAGGAGUACACGAAACAUUUAUCCGCUCUUUUCCCCAUAUCACAUGCUGCUCUCGCAUCUCUUUCUGCAUUCGCGGCUGCCUCACCUUCGGCUAUUCCUAGUAGUUCUUCAGUCUCCCUAGCACAAACUAUUGGCACCAUUGUUGAUGUCCUCUCCGGCGCGGACGAUGCUCUUCAGCUGUACAAUCAGGCGGUUGAGAACUGGCGCGACCAACUCGGCCACUUGAUAAAACUCGAGGAAGACAUAGCAGCUAUUCUCCGUGACAGGGAAAUUCUAAUAACUCGGCUCAUCAAAGUUUCCAAAUCCUCCAAGACCACACGGGAUCCUCGCUCAUCACUCGUUCUACCAUCUGGUUCUACCUCAUUUACAUCUCUCCCUUCCACCAAUUCUACGUUACAUGGCUCUUCGAACACCAAACUUUUGCAAGCUCAAGAGGAGCUACGCGCAUGCGAGAAUCAUUUGGCUACCAAAGAGCUGGAAUUGGAGGCACUUCGGAUUAGCAUAGCUAGAGAAGGUCUCGGUGCUCGCUGUCGGGCUCUUAUUGAUUGUGGGUGGGCUUGGGGUGAAAUGGGCAAGGAGGGUCUUCGGGCGUUACAGAGUCUUAAUGCUCCAAGUCCUGAUGGUAAAGAACCGCCCUUGUCGUCAUUUCCGUUGCAUUCGCAUUCGCCCUCCACGUCCAUUACUCCCAAACAAAAACCUUUACGUUCUCCCGCGCUGCCUUCUCAUGUUGCACAGGGCCCACUAUCAUACUCCUCCGACAUUUCCUCCCUCACGCCUUCUCAAAGUGCAUCCCAACAGCACGAUUGGCCCUCUCGUGGAACUAGCCAAGAAGGCGCGGUUCCUGAUCAUCCUAGCUCCAAUGGUCAUGAAGAGGUGACAAUCAAUAUCCCUCCUGCGCACGCCAUCUCAGAACUUACCAUGCCCACUGGUGUCCCUUCCCCGUCCCCUCUCAGAGCCCCCUUAUCUGAGAGUUCGACAGACCUCGAGGCUCAUCCCCUCCCACGUGGCAGUAGCACACAACGAAUCCGCCGUCCAUUAUCCAAACGCAUCACCGAGGUAGACGAAAAUGAGUACAGGGAGAAGCCUGCUCUCGUAGCAGACUCCUUCACAUCCCUAACGGUGCUCGCAAUGCAGACGAUAGCAGUGAAGAUGGGGAGACUCAAGGUCCCUUAG